AUGACCGUCCCUGUCGCACCCGCUCAUUCGAACGGCGCAGCAUCUCGCUCCUCGCUAGCCUGUCUGCCGUGCCGCUCGAGACACUUGAAGUGCGACGGAAAACGACCUCAUUGCGAUAGAUGUGCUACCGCCGCGAAGGACUGCCAAUAUGCCCCAUCACGCCGGGGCGGCUUGGAUCGUGUAGCGCUUGCUGAACGAAGAAAGCGCCUUGCCGUCGCAAAUAGUGUCGGCAAUAGCAGUUCCGAGUCACCAACGAGUCUCCCAUCGCAGCAAUCAACAGAUUCACAGAUAUUCGGCCAAGACUCUCUUGCUGAGCUGAACCUUGACUUAAGUAUCUUCGAUGAUGUUAGUCUCGAAAAUCAAAUUUCUACAUCGGCUCCGCGCGCGAACUCGACUAUACGACCAGAUGAUCUCGAGAACGACGCACUUAUAAACGCAUAUUACACUAAUUUCCACAAAUUCCACCCAUUUCUCCUACCGCAGGAGCACUUUACGAGAUUUCGUCAAGAUCCUAACUGGAUAGAACGACUCGGACCACUGAUAAGCACCAUGCAUCUUGUAGGACACAUCUACGCUACCAGAAAAUGGUCUUCAGAGCUUCAAGAUGACGUCGAAAGUCGACUUUCUGAGCCAGCGCCGAACGACCCGGUCAUUGUGCAAUGCCGGCUACUCUACUCCAUAGCCCUGUUCUGGUACAGCCACAAGACCGAGGCCAAGCGUCAGAUGGACCUUGCAGUCCGUUCAGUCCUCGACCUGCAAAUGUUCCAGAAGGAAUUCGCAGCAACUCAUGGAGCCGAGUCUCCUGUGUUGAUGGAAUGCUGGAGGCGGACAUGGUGGAUGCUGUACAUCAUCGAUGCUUACUACGCUGGGACUCUCGGGACAAUGAACUUCGCAGUCGUGGAGGUAGACUCCAGCGUAGAACUACCCUGCACGGAGUCAGAGUACGAAUCUGGGACUCUCGAAGAGUUCGACCUCCGCGAGUUCGCUUCGGAGGAUACGUCCUAUUCUUCCUUUGCAUACCUCAUCGGCGCUGUAAAAUGCGCUGCCCUGGCAAUAUCUACGACACCGAAAUUGGUUGCCAGAGAGGACUCUAUGCGUAUGAUUGAAGAAGCAGACUCAAUCAUCGACGGCUGGUCAUUACUGCUGCCAGAAGAUCGUCGCCAUAUCAUGUCCAAGACUGGAGAGAUCGAUGAGCUAAUGUUCCAAGCUCAUCUUUUGAUUAACGUGUAA